GUCCCUCUGUGCCAGGGGCUUCCGAGUCUUCAGCCUGUUCAGUGGCCAGGMUGAGGGGCCACCCACCACCAAUGUCAUGUUCCUCAAGACACACAAGACAUCCUCUACCAGUGCCGAGGGGCACAACCUGACCACAGCACUGCCCGCUGUCGGCUCCCGCUCCCACCCAGGCUCUCCCUGGCUCUUCUUGGCACACUACGUGGAGAGCGCCCACCAGGAUGCACCUUCCUCCCUGCACUUGGACAUCAUGUGCCACCACCUGAGGUUCAACCUGCCCGAGGUGCAGAAAGUCGUGUCCAACCACACCUUCUACUUCUCCAACCUGAGAGACCCCGUGGCGCAGCUACCACCAGGAGUACCUGCUGCCUUCCAAGGACUCCAAAGUCUGCACGMAUUCCUGGACCUGCCGCAGCGGUACUACAGUGCCAGCCCGGGGCUGAAGAAUGCCUAG